AUGAGGAAUGCGUGGUUCCUAUUGGCUGCGGUGCCUGUUUGGGGUAUCACUCUUCACCAACGAGAGAACCCGGCGGUGGUGCAGAUGGACAUCCAGCGAAAAGACGUUGCCGAUCCUGUCGCCAGAGACCAAGCCCGGAGAAAGCGGUCGACAAUCAGCCAAACCCUGGAUAACGAGGAAACUCUGUAUCUUGCGAACAUCACCUUGGGCACUCCCGAGCAAAACUUCCGCCUCGUGAUCGACACGGGAAGUAGUGAUCUAUGGACCAACACGCCCAAUUCCACCUUCUGCGAGAACAAACAAAAUGGGUGUAGUACCUCGGGAACUUACGACGCAACCUCUUCCUCCUCAUACUCCUACGUGAACUCCGACUUCAACAUCACCUACGCCGAUGGGACCGGGGCUGCAGGUGACUACGUCACCGAUACCCUCACCAUUGGGGGUACAUCCAUUAAGGACUUCCAGUUUGGAAUUGGGUUUACAUCUGCAUCUGCCGAGGGUGUGCUUGGGAUAGGAUAUACCGCAAAUGAAGUCCAGGUCGGCACCAAUGGCGACUCGGCAUAUGCCAAUCUGCCCAAGGCUAUGGUCAACAAAGGAUUGAUUCAAUCAAAUGCUUACAGUCUUUGGCUCAACGACCUGGAUGCCAACACUGGAUCGAUUCUCUUCGGCGGAGUCAACACCAAGAAAUAUCAUGGCACCCUGCAAACUGUGCCAAUUCAAAAGGUCCGCAACCAGUAUGCGGAGUUUAUCAUCGCCCUCACGGAAAUUGCCGUUAGCAACUCCUCCGGCACUCACUCCUACUCAUCGAGUGCCAUCCCCGCGGGAGUUCUCCUUGACUCGGGAAGCUCCCUGACUUACCUCCCAGACGCCAUUGUCAACGAUAUUUACAAUGAUCUCGACGUCACCUACGAAUCUCAAAGUGGCAUUGGCUACGUUGAAUGCAGCUUGGCAUCCAAAGAUGUCAACAUCAGUUACACAUUCUCAUCACCCACCAUCAACGUCGGCCUCAACGAAUUGAUCAUCGAUGUCGGCGAUCUCUACUUCCGCAAUGGCAAGAGAGCCUGCGUCUUUGGAAUCGUGCCCGCAGGAAGCAGUACCUCCGUCCUGGGUGAUACCUUCCUCCGCAGCGCCUACGUUGUCUAUGAUCUCGCCAACAAUGAGAUCUCCCUCGCCAACACCAAUUUCAACUCCACUGAGAACGAUGUCUCCGAAAUUGGCACGGGCACUGACUCUGUGCCCGGCGCCACCGCUGUCUCCAACCCUGUGACGACAGCCCCCGUGGGCGGGACCGCUGCUCGCAUCGGAGGCAUCGGAGGAUCCGGCGUUUAUAGUUCCAUCUCUGCGACUGGCAACAUGGGUAUGCCCAAGGCGACCGCCAUGCCCCGGCACCUGGCUCUUGGCCUUGCUGGAGCCGGAGCCCUCUGGGCCCUGUGA